UGUAUUUUGGUAAUUUGAAUUUUCAAUGUCUAUCAAAAUGCUAAGCCCGCGGCUGUGACAGCGAAAUUUGCAUGUAAUGAACAUAAUGAGUUUCACAAUUAAUUUUUUUUGUCAGUUUCUGUCUUUUGGGACUAGGACGAGUCUCUUUGGCAUCCGGUGCUUACAUGGGUGUAUGUAUGUAACCAACCAUGUAACACGUGGGCAUUGAACAUAUCUCACCUAACUUUGUAUUCUGUAUACGGCAGUACCCAUACCAAUUUAUACAUAUUUUACAAUGACAAUAUUUCAUGUCUUGUUGCUAUAUUUCUCACUUAGUAUUUGUUCUUGUUGAACAAUGAAUUUCUUCGAUGUUUUAAAAAAAUUGUCACCAAUGAGGAAUAAUAUUGCUCGAUAAUGAGAAAAAUCAUCGAUGAAAAAUCAAAUUUUUGAUAAUGAAGUCAAAUGUCGAGCGUCGAGAAGAAACUGAAUACGAAACUGUAGCUAAGAAAAGGAAAGACUCCGGAACUGACAAUCUUCUUUCUAAACAUAUUUUUCAUGAAAAUCUAAAAUCACACCUUGCCACUGCUUUUAGAAAUAAUGAAGACUUUGAAGACGAAGAAGCUGGUAUCAAAUUAUCCAAACUUCCUUUCAAACAUUGUGUGAUACACAAUUUAAUUGAAGAUUAUGAUUAUCUUAUUGAUUUGAAAGAAGUUUUGACAUCAUUAGAUUUUGUUGAAAAGUCAAAUGAUCUUUACAAGUUUUCUCAGAGUACUAAUGAUCUAAAAGCUUCACAAAAUAAGAUUAUUUCCAAGUUAAGGAAUACAUUGUAUAAUGAUCUUCUUCAUUGGAUAGCAAAUAUCACAAAAAUUGAACUGAAUGAACAUUCGAUUGACAUGUCUUGUGCAAAAUAUACAAACACAGAUGUUCUACUUUGUCAUGAUGAUCAACUUGAGGAAAGGAAAAUUGCGUAUAUCUUUUAUCUUGUUCCAUCAUGGUCUCAUGGUGAUGGAGGUUCGCUGGAUUUUUUCAACAUUGAUGAUGAUGGUCAACCUGAUAAAAUCGUGAAAUCACUGGUUCCUGGGUGGAACAGUUUUGUUUUUUUUGAAGUUACAAAAACUUCAUUUCAUCAGGUGUCUGAAAUUUUGUCAAAUAAAACACGUUUGUCCAUAAGUGGUUGGUUUCAUGGCUCCAACAUGGAAAGUUCUGUUUGUCGUCUCAGGAACGGUUUACCAAGAAAACAAAGCCCAAUUCAAUUAAAGGACGAGAUUUUGAUAUCUUGGGUCAACCCGAUGUACUUACAGACUGAUGUUGUAAAGGAUAUUCGCCAAGGUUUUGAAGAAAACUCUGAGAUUGAGUUGAAAGAUUUUCUUUUGGUAAGAAAAAUACGAAAGAUUGGUGAAAGAGUUUAAGGAUAUAGAAGAAAAUGGGAGUGGAUUGGACCCGCUAAUAAAAGACGUUGCGAGAAAGCGCCAUGCGAUAGUCUUAGUGGAACAAUUCGAGAGUGUUAUGAGUUAUUUAAAUCAUUACCGAUGUUUAAACUUCUGACAACUUUAACUGGACUCAAGCUUUCUAAUGUUGAUACCAAUGAAACACGCAAUGGCGAAGAUGACGACGAUGAUGAUGGAGAAAGAAAGACUUGUGAACAAUUUUCAAGUGAACCAUGUUGUCAUGGUGAUGUAUAUCGAUGGUCACAUGGUUGUUAUACACUCAUCCACGACAGUGAUCCCGAGAUGUUAGAAAUGGCUUUAGAUGCUAUGUUAUUUUUCAAUUGUGAUGACUGGAAAGAGGAGUUUGGAGGAUAUACAACUUAUCUUGACAAAGAUGAAAACGAGGAGUUACUCACCAUACAGCCUUGCUCAAACUCGUUGGAUUUGGUUUAUCGCGACACGGGUACAACUAAAUUUGUUAAAUAUAUCAAUAAUCGUUGUAAAAUCUAUUCUUGCGAUGAUAAUCUUCAAAAUAAUUAUUGCAACGUAAUGUUUACGUAUUUUGAAUGAAAUAAAGUAUCAAACCGAAUUUUUUUAAUUAAACGUGAGUCGUUUACACCUAUGUCAAAACUCUGAACUCUGUGUCUUUUUCACACUUCGCAUUUCCCUUUAUAACAAUGUUAAAAACAUGUGUGUAAAACUUAUAUGCAAAACUAUUAGAAAUAUUAAAGAAAAUGCUUCUUCACUUGAA